GCGUGAGCGCAGUUCGCCGCAGCCGCCGGCGCGCGCACACGCUUGCGUCGCGUACGCACCCGCGCGACCAAUCACGACGCGGUAAAUAAACGACUGCAGAAGUUCGCGAUAAGCGGCUCCACUCCGCUGUCAGCAGACGAUAGUGAGUUUUUGUGCGAGCUUAAUUGGGGGUUAGUGCACGUUAAUUAAACUGUGACUUCUGAGUUUUUUAAGGAUUGCCAGUGCAGAGGACAAAUUUUAAUAACGUUACUUUAUUUAAUUUGCUGAUCUUGUCUGCAAGAGGUUGCCUACCCGCGUAGUCACGCUGUCAUAGUGGGGCUAAAGCUGGGCGGGGCUGUCUUGGCGCCAUGCCGGCAUGCUGCUGCCCGACCAGACGUACGAAGGCGCGGCGCGGGCCCUGGAGUCCGGCGCGCCCGCGGCGCCCGCGCGCCUGCCGGCGCUGCUGCGCGCGCACCGCGUGCGCCCAGACUUCUUCUGCGCCAACCGCCCGCGCCGCCCGGGACAUGCACGCAAAGCGGUGACGGAGGGUGCAGGCGGUGAGCGGCGGCGGCGCGUGCGCCUUUCUGCGACACAAAACGACGCGUCGUCAUCGAACGAGGCGGUCCACCUGCAGCGGCGGCUGCUGAGCCUCAGCUCCGAGCUGGUGACGCUGCGAAACCACCUGCACGUGGGCGCCAACGCACCGCAGACAGCUACAAGUGGAGCCAGUGCCGCGCCCACUAAGCCCGGCACGCCGCAGCCAGCCGUCCCGCCGCGCGCGCCACACUUGCUGCCACCGCCGGCCCCGCCUGUGCCGCUCACGGCGCCGCCACAACUACCCACUCACCCACCCGCUCCACCAGAGAGCAGAUGGCGCGCAGGCGCAGCGCCGCCGGCGCCCGUGGCGCCCGCGCCGACGCCGACGCCGACACCACCCAGCGCGAGCGGCGCCACCGACGUCGACGACCUCAUCCACCUGCGCGGCCCGCUUACGGAAGACGCUGUGGUGCGGGCGCUACAAGCGCGGUUCUACCAUAACAAGUUCUACACGUGGAUCGGUCCAAUACUAGUGGCGUUGAACGGGUACACGGACGGUAGCAACGCGCUGACGUUAUCGGCUGCUCGCGCGCAGCGGCCAGAGCUAGCACGGCUUGUGCAUGACGCCGUGAGGCAUCAGGCAGAUACCGGUUACCCGCAGGCUAUCAUACUCUCAGGCGUGUCGGGAUCGGGCAAGACCUACGCGUCGAUGGUGCUGCUACGGCGAUUAUUCGACGUUGCAGGCGGAGGGCCCGAGACCGACGCAUUCAAGCAUCUGGCGGCCGCCUUCACCGUGCUGCGGUCGUUGGGUGCUGCUGCUACUGCUGCCAAUUCGCAUUCUUCGCGUAUUGGCCACUUCAUAGAGGUGCAGGUGACGGAUGGCGCGCUGUACCGCACCAAGAUCCACUGCUACUUCCUCGACCAAACGCGCGUCGUUCGCCCGCCGCCCGGAGAGCGCAACUACCACAUCUUUUACCAGCUGUUAGCCGGACUCAGCACCGAAGAGCGCACUGCGUUGAGACUCGAAGGUUACGCGCCGCAAGAUUUGCGGUACCUCGCCUCGCCAGCUCCACGACGACCGGAUCCCGAUGAUGCUCCGCGUUUCCUCGCCUGGAAAACGUGCCUCGGAAUCCUCGGUAUUCCUUUUUUGGAUGUGGUGCGAGUUUUGGCUGCGGUCUUACUGCUCGGGAAUGUGCUGUUUACGGACGGCGCGGAAGGCGCCGAGACGGCCGGUGACGCCGAGCUACAAGCUGCGGCAGCUUUGCUCGGAGUUGCGGCACCAGCACUUCUACGAGGACUAACGACGAGAGCCGCUGCAAGGGGCCGUGCUGCCGCUCGUGCGCCAGCAACCGCAGCUGCAGCAGCCGCAGCACGUGACGCCCUCGCCAAAGCUCUUUACUGCCGCACAGUCGCCACUAUCGUUCGACGCGCCAACUCACUAAAACGCCUCGGUUCGACAUUAGGCACACUGUCUUCGGACUCGAAUGAAUCAGUGCACAACCAGGACGCGGCAUCGCGUCGUGCGUCGACAAACGGCGGGCGCGGCCGCGCCGGAGCCAAGUCCAUGGCGGUGCUUAACGAUGCAGUGCGCCACGCUACUGACGGCUUCGUGGGAAUCCUUGACAUGUUCGGCUUUGAAGACGCGGCUCCAUCGCGACUAGAACACUUGUGUGCCAAUCUGUGCGCGGAAACCAUGCAGCACUUCUAUAACACACAUGUUUUUAAAUCGUCGGCGGAAUCGUGUCGAGAAGAAGAGGUGGGCGCGGCGGCGUUAGAAGUCGAUUACGUGGAUAAUGUACCGUGCAUCGAUCUGGUAUCAUCACUGCGUGGUGGACUUCUAGCGGCACUGGACGCUGAAUGUGCAGCGCGGGGCUCACCGGAGCAAUAUGUCGCGCGAGUGCGAGCGGCUCAUCGUGGCCACCCGCGCCUCGCUGAGCCCCGGCAGGCAGGCGCAGCUGCCGCACGCCGUUUCGCUGUUCGACACUACGCUGGAGAAGUUACUUACGACGCCAGCGAAUUCUUAGAUGCAAACCGUGAUGCUGUGCCCGAUGAGUUGUUGGCAGCAUUUGACACGCGCGCCUGUGAAUUCGGUUUCGCGACGCACCUGUUUGGGGCGGAGUUGAAGAUGCUGGCAGCGGCGGGUGGGCCAUCGGGUGGCGUGUUUCGAGCUUCACCAACGGCGGCGGCGGCGGACGGCGGCUCGACGUUGACGCAAGACUUCCACACGCGACUGGACAACUUGCUGCGUACGCUGGUGCACGCGCGUCCGCACUUCGUGCGUUGCCUACGCGCCAACCACGCCGAGGCGCCCAUGCUCUUCGAGCGUCAAGCCGUUGCCAAACAGGUGCGCGCUCUCCAAAUCCUCGAAACAGCGCAACUAAUGGCAAGCGGGUACCCUCACCGCAUGCGUUUUCGCGCGUUCGGAGCCCGCUACCGCGCGCUAUGGCGGCGCGGCGGCGGCGACACGCUGGAGCGCGACGCGCCGGGCGCCUGCGCCGCCGUGCUGAGGGCGGUGGCGGCGGCGGCGGCGCCGCCCGCGCCCGCGUCGCCGGCUGCGGUGCGGUGGGCACUUGGGAAACGGCACGUAUUCCUCAGCGAAGGAAUGCGACAGGUUUUGGAGCGCAUGCGUCGCGCGCGUCGCCAGGCGGCCGCAGAGUGCAUCCAAGCGGCGUGGCGGCGGCACCGCGCGCGCCGCGCCCCCGCCCCGCCCGCGCCGCCGCGUCCACGCCCCGCACCCAUCGCUGGCACUCCGCCGCCGGAGCCGACGGAGAAGUGCGACCCGCACCUUGUGUCGCGAACCUGCUCGCUGUUCGGGUUAGAUCUGGAGCGACCGCCCCCGUUACCUCCAUCGCGAGCGUACACCGUCGCCGGCGGCGUGAAGCUGGGCUACCCGCAACAAAGAGCCGUGCUGUGCGAGUGGAACGAAAGCGACGCGGCGGGCGCGUUGCGGCUGCGGCCCGGCGACGUCGUCAUCGCUGUCGGCGCCGCUCGACGCGGACAUGUGCACGUGCAGGUGGGCACCCGGACGGUGGCAGUCCCGCACCGCGUGCUGGCGCCGCCGCGCGCGCCGCCGCCGCGCCUGCAGCCGCCGCCGCCCGCGCCGCCGCCGCCGCAACCCGCCUCUGCCUGACAUCCAUCCAUGUCCAAUAUCGAAACGGUACCUGACGUUGUCUGCGAACUGGAAACUAACGUUCCGUGAACAACAACGAAACGGAAAUCUGACGUCUGCGAGGUGAACAGUCAAUUCAGGGUUUUAACUGCCAGGUUCUUAUGUAAAGAGUAAUUAUACGUAGUCUAUUUGUGGUCGUUUUCUAUCAGGAACUUUUUUAGACUGCGACACUAAGUUCUGCCAUUUAGGUUGAAAGUUAGCCGCAUCUUUAACACUGUCACUCGAUUAUUGCAAAAGCGACAAAGAUACAGUUAUCGUAAGUCUAAGAAUGAUUUAGACUUGGACCAGACGUUUUAGCUGAUACUUUGUUUAAUCCAAAUUAGUUCCUAUAAUGACUUUAAUUCAUAUUUCUGUAACCUGGUCAUAGUUUUUGAGAGAAAUAUAUUAUACUCCAGCUCAUUUACGGCAAAAUUGUAAGACUGCACUUAAAUUGCAUCUAGCCUCGCAGACAUAGAUAAUGAAAUUAAUGAAGAAUGGGUAAAUUUUUGCUCUGUGCGAAGAAAUGCGAGUGAACUGAUCAUAUUUACUGUAUAAUUAUGGUGCCUUAUAUGUUAAGUGUAAAUAUUAGUUAAGUAUUUAUAGGGCGCAGGCCUCAGGUUCUCUCAGUAUUACACCAUUACAAGACGACUGCAGUACGCUCCAAACAUAUUUUUUAUCCAUAAAGCGAAAUCAAAGCACCUUACUCUCAUUAUGAGAGUGAAGAUCGAUAUAGUUUUAUAUAUUACUUACAUCGCAAACUCAACAUAUUUUAUGAUAUAAGAAAAUCGCGACGCAUCUUUAUUCCUAUGGUAACAAAGGUGUGCUGGAAUGUAUUUCGACACUUUGAAUCUCACAAACUAUUUGACGCUGUACACUAUAUUGCUACGGUAUUCAAAUAGUUCUUUUUUUCGUUCGCUGUUCGUACCUACUUAAUUUAUAUGAGCCUACUAAAUAUUAGAAGCUAUGUAGUCGUCUUGAAGUAAACUAAGCAGGUAUGACGUGUAUUAUAUAUAUUCAAGUAGGUAUUACCUAUACCUACGACGAGAUCAGCUGUCGAACAUCGCUAUUAUAAUUUUUACCAUUAUAUACGAAAAAUAACUUAAGUACGAAAUAAGUUUUCGACAUUAUUGGUGCAUAGAAGACAUGUGUCAUAUUAAUAUUUUGUAUUUGAGUUGGUAGUAAAGAUUCAGGCUUGUGAGAGAGCAGUAUACGUAUAUUAAUUGAAAAUUAUAAAAUAGCUUGUGUGCGUUUUACAGCAUGAUAAUCACCUACCUAUCGAAAGAAUUCCAAUAUACUCUAGCAAGCCUACAUAAUGUGCAAUGUUUAUAUAUGGUUCUUUAGUUUUUUUUACGAGUGAUGUGUUACUACUAGCUUUCGACUCUGAAAGACAGUCUCCAUCAGAUUUAUAUAGAGAGCGGAGAGAGAUGAGCGGCCAAGAUGCUCAAAUACAUCUGAACAGCUAAGUUAUUAGCUUAGCAUCUUUGCAUACGUAUACAACUGUAUGCAGAUGUGCAAAGGUAAUGGUGUUGCUGACUGUACUUAAACGCCUUGACAGUAGUCGUGUUCAGAUAUUUGUGGGCACUUUUACUGCUACGAUAUAUCUGAUGGCGACUGUUCAAGGACAGAGGGAGGUCGGAACUUGCCAACAUGAGUCUGAUAUUGUAUUCGACAAAUGCUAGCAUAAUGAUUAUACAAAUAUAUUGUAAGGUAUCGUACAAAAUAAAGAUUAUAAUUAUAUUAAAA